AUGAACAGCCGGGCCCCGGGGACGCUGGCCGUGGGGAGAGUGAAAUACUUCAGCGGGCACCGCGGCGAGGUCAACUCCUCUGCCUUCUCCCCCAGUGGCCAGACACUGCUAACAGCCUCAGACGAUGGCUGUGUGUAUGGCUGGGAGACCCAAAGUGGGCAGCUGCUGUGGAGGCUGGAUGGCCACACAGGCCCCGUGAAGUUCUGUCGUUUCUCCCCCGAUGGCCGCCUCUUUGCCAGCACGUCCGGUGACUGCACCAUCCGCCUGUGGGAUGUGGCAAGAGCCAAGUGUCUGCAGAUCCUGAAGGGUCAUCAACGGAGCGUGGAGACAGUCAGCUUCAGUCCUGACUCAAAGCAGCUGGCAUCAGGUGGCUGGGACAAGAGGGUGAUGCUCUGGGAGGUGCAGUCAGGCCAGCGGCUGCGCCUCUUACUCGGACACCAUGACUCCGUCCAGAGCAGUGACUUCUCACCCAGUGCGGACUGUCUGGCCACUGGCUCCUGGGACUCCACCGUGCGCAUCUGGGACCUGAGGGCCAGGACCCCAGAGGCCUUCCACCAUAAGCUGGAGGGCCACAGCAGUAACAUCAGCUGUGUGUGCUACUCAGCAUCUGGCCGCCUGGCAUCCGGUUCCUGGGACAAGACCAUCCGCAUCUGGAAACCCCAGACAGCCAGCCUGCUUGUCCAGCUCAAGGGCCACGUCAGCUGGGUGAAGAGCAUAGUGUUCUCCCCCGAUGAGUUGUUGCUUGCCAGCGCGGGCUACUCUCACCUGGUCAAAGUCUGGGACUGCAAAACAGGGAAGUGCACUGAGACCCUCCAGGGAACUCUGGAUGUGGCCCAUGCCUGUGUCUUCACUCCUGAUGGGAAACUCUUAGUGUCUGGAGCUGCUGACCAGGCAUCCCGGCGGCGCAUGGCACGCGUUUUCUUGGGCCGCAGAUCCAGGGGUUUGUACUUCUUGCCCUGGAUGAGGUCUGCCUAUGGUGCUACCUGCAAUAACCUGACCAGGAGGAGGCUCCUCUUUAACCCAAAGUUUGGACGCCGCACCGCCUGUCACUUUUGCGACGCGCAGCUGGGACAGUUCCACCUUCAGAUCGUCCAGCUGUUUCAGAAGCUCUUCCUUCUUCUUGCCGCGAAGGCCGCCACGGACCAGUCUCGGAGAGUCCGGGCGCAAGGCCGUGCCUCGGGCAACUCAGCCGAGGCCCGGGCGGGUGCGUUCUCGUCUAAGCCUGCUACGAAGAGGGCCCGCUACUCCCAUUCCACCGCCUGGAAGACUGAGGAUCCCACCGGAGUGCGCGCGCCUCUACCGGUCCCGGCCGGUCACGGGGUGAAAGCCGGAGAACGCCGCCGCCCCUGCCGGAUCCGAGAACGAGAGAAAGAGAAGAGGGACGGGCCUGACGUCCGCAACUACUACCGGGUGACGGCGAGCUCAGCCAAUGGCGACGCGGCAGAGAGGGGCAGGCUCCGCCCCCUCAACCCCCACCCCCGGAACGCCUUGGUGGCUCUGUCUGUGCUGUUCGGAGCUAGCCGCCCUAGAUUCGGGGGUGCGGAACCGCGGCCCAGGACGCUAACCCUUCAGGCUCCGCCCCUCCGUGUUUCCGGUUCCGGCAUAGUCCGGAAGUGGGCGGCUGGCCGGCGGCUGCGCGCGGAGGAGGUGGAGGAGGUUCCUGGCGCCUGCUUCCCGCCCCCGAGCCGGAGCCGGAGCCGGAGCCAGAGCUGA